AGCUGCUGAUACUCGCCUUUCAGUUUUGUCAGCUCACAGUCACGUGAUCAUAUCAAGAUGGCCGCGCCCAUGUGUUUGGCGGCGUGACGUUAUUCACAUUGUGUUAGACAGACUAAAACAGUUCACGUGAGACUAUUAUUCGAGAUUUUUCCUCCGCUGAACCCGGCCAUCAAUAAUGGAUAAGGACAGCCUGAUUCUCCCCAAAGACUUCCCGGAGCUGAAAAAUGACACAUUCCUGCGAGCCACUCGAGGAGAAGAGGUAGAACACAUUCCUGUGUGGUGUAUGAGACAGGCAGGCCGAUACCUGCCAGAAUUCAGGGAGUCCAGGGCAGGUAAAGAUUUCUUCGAGACGUGCCGCUCUCCUGAAGCCUGCUGUGAACUUACUUUACAGCCGCUCAGACGAUUCCCUUUUGAUGCAUCUAUCAUCUUCUCUGACAUCUUGGUUGUGCCUCAAGCAAUGGGAAUGGAUGUUGAAAUGACUCCAGGAAAGGGCCCCACAUUCCCAGAACCACUGAAAGAACCUGAAGAUCUAAAGAGACUGAAAACCAAAGUGGACGUGUCAUCAGAACUCGACUAUGUUUUCAAAGCCAUCACGCUGACACGGCACAGAAUAGAGGGAAAGGUUCCUCUCAUUGGCUUCACGGGAGCUCCGUGGACUUUAAUGUCCUACAUGAUUGAAGGAGGAGGCUCCCCCACACACUCAAAGGCUAAACGCUGGCUCUACAGGUAUCCUGAAGCCAGCCACAAACUCCUGAGCCAGCUCACAGAUGUGAUUGUGGACUAUCUUCUAGGCCAGGUGAAAGCUGGAGCUCAGGCUCUGCAGGUUUUCGAGUCUCAUGCUGGUUGUUUGGGGCCAGUGGAGUUUAAAGAGUUUUCUCUACCUUACCUGAGAGAUAUCGCUCGUCGUGUUAAGGACAAGAUCAAACAAUCUGGUUUGGACAGUGUGCCUAUGAUGGUUUUUGCUAAAGAUGGUCAUUAUGGGCUUGAGGAUCUCUCCGAUUCUGGUUAUGAAGUAGUGAGUCUUGACUGGACCAUUGAUCCUUCUUCUGCACGUCUAAGGACUGGAGGGAAAGUCAGUUUGCAAGGCAACAUGGAUCCUUGCGCUCUUUACGCCACAAAGGAGCGUAUAUCAGAGAUCGUGAAGAAGAUGCUGGAGGGAUUUGGCAUGAAGGGCUACAUCGCUAAUCUGGGUCAUGGGCUGUACCCCGACAUGGACCCAGAAAACGUUGGGGCGUUCGUGGAGGCCGUUCACACCCAUUCUCGCCAGCUUCUGAAACGCAACUAAGACAUUAAUAUGUAUUUCUCCAUUAGAAGACCCAAAGCAGAUGGGAAACAAAUGCUGGAAUCCAACAACGUACCAUCAAAAGAAUGUUACACUACCACUGUGUCUAAUUUAUUUCAGUAAUUCUGUAGUCCGCUGGUUUUACCCAAAUAUGUUCUUAUAAUGGUUCCACAACAAUCCAUGUGAUUAAUUAAACUCUUGCUCAAAAUAUGUUUUAGCUGGAUUGAAAUCUGAUUGAAUAUGAAGCACAGCAGGAGUUUGUUUUUGAUACAGUACAGUUGUAACAUCUCGACUGACACAUGUCAAUAACGUAAACAACUUUUGAAAGUGUGUGUAAAUAUUGAUGGAUGUUUAAUAUAAAGCAAAAUAAAGAGUGGUCCUUUAAAGGCA